AUGCCUCCCUUUGCAGGACGCUAUAUGAAGAUGGAUAGCUAGGAGCGCCACGAUCGUUAAAUUACCUUCUUAAAUCAUCACGGUCAGCUCCAAGAUCCCGCAUGGACCAACGCUCUCGACCACGUUUUAGCUGGAAAUCAUGGAUGAUGGCACUCGUAUACGAGUUGCCUCCCUUGGCCAACUAGGACAUGACCUUUACCCUAUUGCAGUUCGGUCUGAAACAACAAAAUCUUUUGACCAGCUAAGACGCCGCGUUUAACACCAUUGAGAGAGACAACUGACUCUUGGAAUACUUUAUUACAAUUAACUUCCAUCUAUCAGAGAAAAUAAUGGAUACAGAGAAAGAUCUCAUUUCCAUGGCAACAGAAGCGCUACAAGCUCAUACACGUUUGACUUAUAAAUUACCUAGAGCCUCAAAAGUCCAUGAAAAAGCUUGUGAGACUUUAGACAAUCUGAGAGACAUUAAGGCAGAACUUGACGGAUCAAAUGCGAACUUUGACCCUCCACAAAUCAAGCGUGACCAGUUCACAGAAUUUCGUCAGCUGACACUAAUGCAUGUGCCAUCAUCUGUGACGGAGGAGGUCAAAGUAAAAUUCAACAAUUUUGUCACUCACGCAUUCAAAGAUGCAUGUCGCAGAGUGUUGUGUGUGACCUUGGUUACCUGCCCUUGGUAUCAGGUAACACAGCAGGAAAGAGGUGAAAUGGCACGGCAUAAUGUGUUAUUUAUCGUGUACCUGUCACAUGACCACCAGUAUCUCGCACCAACCAAUCAUCAUGAUCAAGAGAAAGCUUUUGUUAUAGAUGAGGGCUGGUUGUACGCUGUUGAAUUAUAUCACUUCCUUCACUUCCUGUCACGAGGACGGACAAGGUGUAUAGAAGUUCUGUUUGCCCCUAGAUCUGCUGUUGUGUACGAGGAUGAGGUCUGGCAAAAUCUACAUCACUUAAUGAAUUACAGAGAUCUUAUGGGUUUGCAAGGGUCAGUGUUUUCCUGUCAAGGCCAAUGUACAGGAAAGAUUGGAAAGAAAACUUCCAAAAAAGGACCGUUCAGAAUGAAGGAAACGGCAACGUUUCAAGACUUUUGUAAUAGUUUUAGGUUGAUUCAUCAUCUCUACAAUUUGGUGUCAGGAUUACCUCCCUUGACUGACAUCUUCUCAAUUGAAGAUUUGCCAGCAUUAGCAAAGGAAGGGGCUCAGAUGCUGCAGAGACUGUACAAGGAUCACGACACCUCAAAACGUGACAUUUUCAACAUUGUCAUGAAAUGGAACGAGGACAUGAAAGAUCAACUCUCUAAGUUUAAAUAUACUGACGUGAACAAAAUUGAUAAAAUCCUUCAGGAGUGGCAGUUUGAUGUUCGUCUGGAAGGUCGGACUCUUUUACAGCAAACCCUCCCUGAUGAUCACAGCAAUCUGGUGUCAAUAAUGGAGAGAAUUGGGGGACCAGUGGGAAAACUUGAACCGAGCCAAAUCUUGCUGGUGGCCAGGGCAGGAAGUCACAUGUACGGAUUAGCCACACCGGAGAGUGACAUCGAUUACGUAGUCAUAUACGCCGAGAAAACAGAGGCGGUGCUGGGGACAUGUAAGGCUUUGAAGGAUAUUUACGAGAGUCGCGGUCCAACCAAGGAUUUUGAAUAUGGAGCUUACGAGGCGAAAGUAUUUUGUGAAAUGGUGCUAAAAGGAAGUGUAGUCAUAUUAGAGUUGGUGUUUGCUGAAGGCCACGAGUAUGCCAGUCCUGUAUGGAAGGCUCUAUGUGAAAAGAAGAAAGCAUUCCUGACUGAGUUAGGAAUUCAACAGUUCCUUGGUUUGAUCAAAAACAAUUUCCAUCUGUUAAACCAAGAAAAACAUAGAGGCACCCCAAGGGACAGAAAGCUUUUUUAUCAGAUAUUCCACAAAAUGGAUAGUGUUCAUUACAUGAUGCAAGGAAAGGUGCCACCAGUUCGUUGUUCUGGGGAAGUGAAGAAUUACAUCAUGAGGAUACGUACCCAGCCGCUUGACGGAGAUCUAGACAGAGACCUGUUGAACCAAACAGCUCACCAGAAAUUUCAUGAGCUACAAUUGGAGCUUGGAGCUCGUACAGAACGUCUGAAGGAAAAUAUGGACUACACACUUGUUUCUGAUUGGCUGAUAUCAGUACGUGGUAUAGAGGAGAGGAAGUAGGGAAACUAAGACUAUAUCUUGAUCUCUGAUUGGCUGAUAUCAGUGAACAGUAUAUAGGACAGCAAGUAGGGAAACCAGGACUAUGUCCUGGUGUCUGAUUGGCUGAUAUCUUGCAGUUCUAAGGACAAAAUGUCAAAAAAGUAAGACUACACCUGGUCUGUGAUUGGUUAAUAUCAUUUUGUUGUUAAGGACAUGAGGACAGAAACUUAGGACAGAAGUAAGUAAUGAUUAGCCUUGAUAUGAGGGACAUCUAAGGAUUUGUCAGAGCUAUCUCUUUUUGAAGCCAGAUUUUGUGGUGGUUUGUCUGCAGUCUGAAAUUAUGGAUACUUGUCUAAGUGUGUCACAUUCAUUGGGACAGUUGUCAUAUUGUGUCUGUAAUUCAUCUCUCUUUAUGUGGGUAUUUAAAAUAUUUUAAAUAUUUACCCAGGAUUAGAAAAUAAGAAAAAAAUAUGUAUAAACAUGUGCAAAUAAAUAAAUAAAUAAAUAGAUAAAAAUAUGUAUAAAUACAUGCAAAUAAAUAAAUUAAUUAAUUAAAGAAAUGUAUAAAU